CUGGUGCCGGUGGGCUGGGGGGGGGAGGGGGGAGGCUCUCAGCCCCAGCUGAACUCGGGCCACCCCCUCCCUUUUCCCUCCCUCCGUCCCUGUAUCUCCCUCUCCCCUCCCUCAAGGGCCAGGGAGCCGGGCCCGGUAGGGGCAUGAGGCAAGCGGCCACUGGGUCAAGCUCGAGGUGGUAGCCACGGUGCAGCCAUGGCCAGGGCCAGCCCGGGCCGCAGCACCCCUGCCGGGGACCCCGAGCGCCAGCAGCGAUGGGGCCUCCUUUUCGAUGAGCUGGACAGCAACAAGGAUGGCCGCGUGGACAUUCACGAGCUGCGCCUGGGGCUGGCCCGGCUGGGUGCGAGGACCCCGGACAGCGCCGGCCAGGACAUUCUACAGGAGGGAGACAUAGACCAAGAUGGGGGCCUGACUCUUGAGGAAUUCACCCGCUACCUGCAGGAGCAUGAGAGAAGGCUUCUGCUCAUGUUCCACAGCCUGGACCGGAACCAGGAUGGCCAUAUAGAUGCCUCAGAAAUCCAACAGAGCUUCCAAGCCUUGGGUGUUUCCAUCUCUUUGCAGCAGGCUGAAAAGAUUCUGCACAGCAUGGACCGUGAUGGGACAAUGACCAUUGACUGGCAAGAAUGGCGAGACCACUUCCUGCUACAGCCCCUGGAGAACAUGGAAGACGUGCUGACAUUCUGGAAGCACUCCACGGUCCUGGACAUAGGUGAAUGUCUCACAGUGCCAGAUGAGUUCUCAGAACAGGAGAAGCUGUCAGGCAUGUGGUGGAAACAGCUGGUGGCAGGAGCUGUGGCGGGGGCUGUGUCACGAACGGGCACAGCUCCACUUGACCGGCUAAAGGUUUUCAUGCAGGUUCAUGCUUCCAAGACCAACCAGCUGAAUGUCCUAGGGGGGCUUCGGAGCAUGGUCAAAGAGGGUGGCAUCCGCUCUCUGUGGCGUGGAAAUGGCAUCAACGUGCUCAAGAUUGCACCUGAAUCUGCCAUCAAAUUCAUGGCCUAUGAGCAGAUCAAGUGGGCGAUUCGGGGGCAGCAGGAGACGCUGCGGGUGCAGGAACGCUUUGUGGCAGGGUCCCUGGCUGGGGCCACAGCCCAAACCAUCAUCUAUCCCAUGGAGGUGCUGAAGACACGGCUAACCCUCCGUCAGACUGGCCAGUACAAAGGACUGCUGGACUGUGCGAGGCAAAUCCUAGAGCAGGAGGGGCCCAGAGCCUUCUACAAGGGCUACCUGCCCAACGUCUUGGGCAUUAUCCCAUAUGCAGGAAUCGACCUGGCCGUCUAUGAGACUCUGAAGAACAAGUGGCUCCAGCAGGACAGCCACCACUCGGCUGACCCAGGGAUCCUCAUCCUCUUGGCCUGCGGCACCGUUUCCAGUACCUGUGGCCAGAUCGCCAGCUAUCCCUUGGCUCUGGUCCGAACUCGCAUGCAAGCUCAGGCUUCUGUCGAGGGUGCCCCACAGCUCACCAUGCUGGGCCUCUUCCGCCAUAUCCUUUCCCGAGAGGGGGUAUGGGGCCUGUACCGAGGCAUCGCCCCCAACUUCAUGAAAGUGAUUCCAGCUGUCAGCAUCUCCUAUGUCGUCUAUGAGAACAUGAAACAGGCCCUGGGGGUUACAACCAGGUGAGGGGCUGGGGGUUCCCCCCUUCCUCUCCCUGCUGGAUCCUGUCCCUUCUCUUCUGGAUCCUGGUGAUAAGGCCAACCCCCUGUGCCAGAUUUCUUGGCUGCUCCUAAAGCCUGCAACCAGCUGAUCUACCCCAACCUGGUCACUGACACUGGAUCACCGGAGGAACCUGUCCCAGGAUCUGCUCUGCAUGGCAUUGGCAUUGGAUUCCCAACCUCUGGUGGAGGUGGGGACGGUGGUGGCACUUUACCCCUACCUACCCACUGCACUGACUGGGAAUGAUCUGGUCUUCUCCCCAACCCUCUCCCUAAACCCCUGCACUGCAGCACCACUGGUUCCCCAAUGGCAGUGUAAAUUCCCUGGACCCUUCCCCUAUCCCCUGGCUCCCUCCCAUGGUAGUGACACUGUUGUGCUCCAGCCCUGACUCCUCCCCUGUCACCACAGACAGAUCAGCCCAACGCAUCUGUGGGGGAAUAUAACAUGGGGGAGAUAUACUAGCCAAUCCCAGCUAGAGGGAGGGGACCCUAUGGCCCCAGGCAGAGACCCUCCAGGAACCCAGAGCUGAGGAUGAACCUUCCACUAGUUUCUCUCACAUCCCCUUUUCUUUCCUUCUCCCAUUCCUCAGCCUUAGGUAGGAGAUGAGUUUGAAUAGGGUUGAAAAGGGACCCAGGAUAGGGCUAGGACCUCCUGCUGAGCCAUACUUAGGUCCAUGUCCCUCUCUCCAGCAUCCUCAAAACACACACAUUCCAAUCAUGCAGAAAGAUAGAUAGAGAGAGAGAGAGAGAGAGAGAGAGAGAGAGAGAAGAGAGAGAAGAAA